CAGGGCCCACCUCAAAAAGUUGACAGUCUGUGGUGGGCUGAAGCCAGUAGAAAGCUGCUGUAGGAAGGCAGAGGAGUGGCCCCUAUCCCAGGCUUGGGGCUCUCAGGGAAGGCUUCCUGGGGGUGAGAUGGGAGGGUGGGUCCGUAUGCUCUUGGACCAGAAUGAGUAGCCCAGAGAAGGCAAGAGGGCUCCCAAGCAAACUUGUCCUAUUUAAUUUUAUUUUUUUUUCCUGCUUAGAAAAGCAAAAUGCGUUUGUUAUGAACAAAACAAAACAAAACAAAACAAAACAAAACAAAACAAAACAAAACAAAACAAAACAAAACAAAACAAAACAAAACGCUGUAGCAAAGAAAGCGAAAGGCUCCAGUAAUCCUCCCUGCUCCUCCUCACCGCACGGAUCCUGUGAGAUACCCCGAGCAUUGGAACCUUGAGAGCUUGGGCAGGCAUUCACCCUCCUUCCAGCAGGGGGCGGAACGUAAAACGCCUUGUGGCCGACACCCUCUCUCUUCCACACGUCACUGGCGUGACCGUCCGCGCUACAUACUGCGCCUGCGCAAGGGCUGUGGCCCUUUUCCCACCCCCUAGCGCCGCUGGGCCUGCAGGUCUCUGUCGAGCCGCGGACGCCGGUCUCUGUUCCGCAGGAUGGGGUUUGUUAAAGUUGUUAAGAAUAAGGCCUACUUUAAGAGAUACCAAGUGAAAUUUAGAAGACGACGAGAGGGUAAAACUGAUUAUUAUGCUCGGAAACGCUUGGUGAUACAAGAUAAAAAUAAAUACAACACACCCAAAUACAGGAUGAUAGUUCGUGUAACAAACAGAGAUAUCAUUUGUCAGAUUGCUUAUGCCCGUAUAGAGGGGGAUAUGAUAGUCUGCGCAGCGUAUGCACACGAACUGCCAAAAUAUGGUGUGAAGGUUGGCCUGACAAAUUAUGCUGCAGCAUAUUGUACUGGCCUGCUGCUGGCCCGCAGGCUUCUCAAUAGGUUUGGCAUGGACAAGAUCUAUGAAGGCCAAGUGGAGGUGACUGGUGAUGAAUACAAUGUGGAAAGCAUUGAUGGUCAGCCAGGUGCCUUCACCUGCUAUUUGGAUGCAGGCCUUGCCAGAACUACCACUGGCAAUAAAGUUUUUGGUGCCCUGAAGGGAGCUGUGGAUGGAGGCUUGUCUAUCCCUCACAGUACCAAACGAUUCCCUGGUUAUGAUUCUGAAAGCAAGGAAUUUAAUGCAGAAGUACAUCGGAAGCACAUCAUGGGCCAGAAUGUUGCAGAUUACAUGCGCUACUUAAUGGAAGAAGAUGAAGAUGCUUACAAGAAACAGUUCUCUCAAUACAUAAAGAACAGCGUAACUCCAGACAUGAUGGAGGAGAUGUAUAAGAAAGCUCAUGCUGCUAUACGAGAGAAUCCAGUCUAUGAAAAGAAGCCCAAGAAAGAAGUUAAAAAGAAGAGGUGGAACCGUCCCAAAAUGUCCCUUGCUCAGAAGAAGGAUCGGGUAGCUCAAAAGAAGGCAAGCUUCCUCAGAGCUCAGGAGCGGGCUGCUGAGAGCUAAACCCAACAAUUUUCUAUGAUUUUUUCAGAUAUAGAUAAUAAACUUAUGAACAGCAACUA